GACGUCAGUAUUUCCGGAUCGCCAUAUUAGUUUCAUUACAUCAGAUCAGGCAAUGUAGCAGGCUAAGCGAUUUGUGGGAAGGGCACUGUCGCUAUGGAAAGGACUCUCUGACCACGAAGAAACUCUUUGUGAUUCUGGGAUCUUGUGUAGUAGGAAGAUAUCCUGAGACCAUGUUGGCACGUCUAUUUAGACUUCAUGGGUUGCUGGUGGCCUCGCACCCAUGGGAGGUAAUCGUGGGGACCCUGGCUUUGACAGUAUGCUUCGUGUCUAUGAACAGCCUGGCAACAAGCAACCAGAUGUGCAAGUGGAACCAAUGCCCCAAAGUUGAGGAGGAGAAAAUCCAGAGCAGUGAUGCAGUUAUUCUGACAGUCACUCGGUGCAUGGCCAUUAUUUAUAUUUAUUUCCAGUUCAAGAAUCUCAGACAGCUUGGAUCCAAAUAUAUUCUAGGUAUUGCUGGAUUAUUUACAGUAUUUUCCAGCUUUGUCUUCAGUACAGUCGUCAUCCAUUUCUUUGGGAAGGAGCUGACAGGUCUGAAUGAAGCGCUGCCCUUUUUCCUCCUGCUUAUUGACCUGUCUAGAGCCUGUGCGUUGGCUAAAUUUGCCCUCAGCUCAAACUCUCAGGAGGAGGUGAGGGAGAACAUUUCUCACGGCAUGGCCAUCCUGGGCCCAACAUUCACCCUGGAUGCUGUGGUUGAGUGUCUGGUUAUAGGAAUCGGAACCAUGUCUGGUGUGCCUCAGUUGGAGAUCAUGUGUUGUUUUGGCUGCAUGUCUGUUCUGGCCAAUUACUUUGUCUUCAUGACGUUCUUCCCUGCCUGUGUCUCUCUGGUGCUGGAGCUGUCAAGGGAGAGUCGUGAGGGGCGCCCCAUCUGGCAGCUGAGCCACUUCUCCCGUGUGCUAGCUGAGGAAGAGGAUAACAAACCCAAUCCUGUGACUCAAAGGGUUAAAAUCAUAAUGUCUCUGGGAUUGGCUUUGGUUCAUGCUCACACUCGACUGACAGCCGAACAUUCAGGUCAAAACCGCACAGUGGAAGGGCCUGUAGCAAAGAGACUGGACUCUCCUAGCACCAUAUUGCCUCUUAAGCUCACCAGUAUCGACCUGGAACAGGUGAUAACCCUCGGUCUUGCUCUGAUUCUGGCCGUAAAGUAUGUAUUUUUUGAGCAAGCAGAGACAGAGUCCUCGCUUUCACUCAAGAGUACCAUUAUAAGCUCCACUCCCAGUCCGAAGCCCUGGGUGACAGAGGACUGCUGCAUGAGGUCCCUCCCAGCCCUGAAACCCCAGAAGACAUCUAAUAGUGUUUUGGCAACCAUCCCUACCUCUUUAGCAGCUGCUUCAGACGUGAAACUUUCCUCUGAAGCUGACAUAUCAUUUAGAGAAGAGGAUGUGAUUCAGAAUGCAUUUUGUGGUACAUCUUCUGGGGAUUCUCUUGCUCAGACACAAUGUGCUCCUCCAAGUGUUUGUACGUCGGAGCCCCGAAGUCUGGAGGAAUGUAUGGCCAUCCUCUCAGAUUCUCAGAGAGGUGCCCAUUUGCUGAGUGAUGCAGAGGUGAUGAAUCUUGUAACCCUGCGCAAGAUUAUGAAUUAUAAACUUGAAGGUGUCCUUGAGACUCCAGAGAGGGGCGUGGCCAUCAGGAGAGAACUGUUAUCAUCCAAACUUCCUGUUCCCACUGCCUUGGCUUCUCUACCUUACAAAGACUACAACUACUCACAGGUGAUGGGUACUUGCUGUGAGAAUGUCAUUGGCUACAUGCCAGUGCCAGUGGGAGUGGCUGGCCCUCUUCUGUUGGACAAGAAGGAGUUUUAUGUUCCUUUGGCCACCACAGAAGGCUGCCUGGUAGCCAGCGCCAACCGAGGAUGCAGGGCACUUUUUCUGAGUGGGGGUUGCAUCAGCCGGAUUCUAGCUGACAGCAUGACCAGGGGUCCUCUGGUCAGGCUGCCCUCAGCGUGCCGGGCUGCAGAGGUCAAAGUCUGGCUUGAGACCUCGGACGGAUUUAGCAUGAUUAAAGAGGCGUUUGAUGAGACCAGCAGGUUUGCUCGUCUGGAGAAAUUGUUGGUGGGCAUAGCUGGCAGAAACCUAUACAUUCGCUUCCAGUCUCAAACAGGCGAUGCCAUGGGUAUGAACAUGCUCUCGAAGGGCACUGAGCAUGCUCUGCAUGUACUCCAGCAGCAGCAUCCAGACGUAGAGGUGCUUUCGCUCAGUGGCAACUUUUGCACAGACAAGAAGCCUGCCGCAAUCAACUGGAUUCUGGGCCGAGGCAAGUCUGCUGUAUGCGAGGCCACCAUUCCUGCUAAAGUUGUGAGAGAGGUGCUGAAGAGCAACACAGCUGCUUUGGUGGACCUGAACAUAAACAAGAACUUGGUGGGGUCAGCCAUGGCUGGCAGUAUAGGUGGCUUCAAUGCUCAUGCUGCCAACAUUGUCGCUGCUAUCUACAUUGCCUGUGGACAAGACCCAGCUCAGACAGUGGGAAGCUCUAACUGCAUUACUCAGAUGGAGGCUGUCGGUCCAGGUGGGGAGGACCUGUACAUCAGUUGCACUAUGCCUUCUAUAGAGCUCGGCACUGUGGGAGGAGGCACCAACCUGUCGCCACAGCAGGCCUGUCUGCAGAUGCUUGGUGUUAGCAAUCCCAACCAGCCAGGUGACAAUGCCCGUCAGCUGGCCCGUGUAGUCUGUGCCACUGUUCUGGCAGGAGAGCUCUCCCUGAUGGCUGCUCUCGCUGCUGGACAUCUAGUCAAGAGCCACAUGACCCACAACAGAUCGAAAACAAACCUGUGUUCAGAGAAUACGGCGUGACACUAACAUCGAUGGGCCGUCGUGAUGCGGUUCUAAAAGCGAACCUGUGGACAUCAAGAUAUCAGAGUGUUAAUGAACAGAGCCAACAUGUGCUUGCUUUGUUUUAUUACCUCACUGGUUUGUGAGCUGAGGCCUUAAGUUUUGGUUGUUAAUUUGUGCCAUUUUUCUGCAUCUGAACUUUGUAAUAUUGUUUGAGAACCUGUUAAUUCUGUUACUGAUCUUUGAGAGAAGUGCAAGAGACUGAUGGUGUUUAGACAAGUAAAAUCCAUCGUGCUGCACAAGUUACAACAAGAGUCCUGUGCCUCUGAUGGGUCGCAAAGGAUGGAUGGGAUGUCUGAAUGGUUUUUACAUAAGCUGAAUGAAAUGAGAUCAUCGUUUUUAUUUAUUUUUUUUGGGACAAAUGGAUCUUUGCAUUUAUCAAAAGCUUGCUUGAGAGAGUGUAGUGUGCAGCUUGUGCUCAGGUUCUGAAAGUCAACUUUAUGUGCAAAUGUGUUUUUACCAGUGUUGUAGGCAUCACUAUGUAGACAUGCUCAUCCCUCCCUGAGUGAAGGUGCUACUGUAUACUGUGUAUACUGUAGAUUGCCCGUGGGUGUUGGAAUUCUCGCUUCAAUGAAUGAAGCUGUUGCCAGCAGAAGGAUGUGUUUGGUUCAGAUUCUGAUCAACUACUUCUACAAGUUUUUGAGGAAAAUUGGAAGCCAUAAUAAUUAAAUAAACCUUUACGGUACACUGUCAUCUGUGGAACUGAAGGACUGGGUAUAAAUUAUCACUGACUGCAGGUCCUGCUCAUUUUCAGAAAGCAGUGACAUUCAGAAGUGCCCUUACAUACAGUAUGUUUUAGAAAUUGAGCCUUGCGCUGCACACUUUAGAAUAACCAAUUAUGAUAAAAGUAAACUUAACUGUCUUAUUUAAAAAAAUAAAUAAAUGACACAAUUUUUUGUUGACAA